CUUCUUAUCAGUUAGAAAGCGGGAAAAAUAGAUUGUAAUUUGUAACACAAAGCAUUAUUUCGUAUUUUUCGAAUGUAUUGUAUUUCGUAGGUAUAACUAUUUUUCGAAGCACCGUGCUAUUGUAAACCUGCCGAAGAGGGACUUUGAAGUCCAGAACACAAAUAUAGUGUGUACAGGCAAAAUACCAGAAAUAAUGAAGAAAUAUUUGAAUAGUGCUACCAAAACUUCCAGUAUUCAAAAACCAAAAAGAGAUGAUGAUUAUUCAGUAGCAAGAUGUUCUUCUAUUCCUCGUCUUCGAACAUCAGGCAGCAUGGGAGGAAUAAGUAAUAUUCCCAUUAGUGUAAUAAAACAAAGACCUUCAGCACAGCCUACAUUUUCUUCUAAUUAUUCAUCAAAAUUACUCCAACUUGUGCAACGUGUUAGUGUUACAGAGAAACGUUCUGUGAAAGAUGUAAGACCUUUAUCAGAAAAAUGGUAUAUGCAGAAAUGUAUUCAGCAAGUGCAAGAGUUCUUGAUAGAGAAAAAUUAUUCUUUUCCACAUGGUACUAGAAUUCUGUCCAAUCCAACAACUAAAUCCUUUUAUCAUAUUUUUGAAUUUAUGUAUUGUUGGCUGGAUCCAAGUUAUACCACAACUGAAAAACCUGAAGAAAUAAUAUAUAUUUUAAAAUUGAUCAAUUAUCCAUUUAUAAAUAAUAUAAAGAGAUCACAACUUUUAGUGGUAGGACCACAAUCAUGGCCUAAUUUAUUAGGAGUAUUAACAUGGAUGAUACCUCUAAUUCAGUAUAUUGAGAACUGUGAUAUGAAAGCUUUUAUGAAUGAUAAUGAGUUUGAAGGAACUGAAUUCUGUUAUACAUUACAGGAGACUAUUGCCAGAAAUUACAAUUUAUUUACUUCUUCAGGAGAAGCAAAUUAUGAAAUAUAUGAUCAACUAGCUGAAAAUUUGUUUGGAAACUUUGAGUCUUUAAAUUUAUUGAUGCAAGAUAAAGAAGAAUUUGAAAAGGAACUAAGGAUGUUGGAAGAAGAAUUAGAAAAUAUGCAUGAAAUACGUAUUCUGAGAGACAAAACAAAGUCUGAUAUUACUUGUGUAAAUAAUUACAUUGAUGAAAUGAAUGAUCAUAUCAGUCAAAAAGAAAAAGACAUAGAAGAAUUGGAACAAAUUAUAAAUAAAAAACAGUUAGAAUAUGAUGAAUUGAAACCUGAAGUUUCAAAAUUGGAGAAAAUAUAUAAUGAUCAAGAGAUAAGUACUCAGAGUGUUGAAUAUGUUAAUGUUCAGAAAUCUUAUUUGAUUAAAAAGAUUGAUGAAAAUAAAGUUCUUAUGGAAAAUGCCAAAAAAGCACUUUGGGAAGAAGAAAUGACAACAGCUAGUCAAAUUCAAAAAGUCCAAAAUAAAUGUUCUGAAUUUAACAAAAUAUACCAACAGUUCAGAAUGGAAGUAAAAAAUUAUUACAAAGUGGAACUUCCAGAAUUUGAAUUCAAUCCUUCUGCUAAUUCUCUGCAAUAUAAUGUGUGGAUUGAAAAUAUCAAUCCAAAAUUACUUGACAGUGAAACAAGGAUAAAAGAUAUAACGGUUAAGAAUGAAAAUUUAUUGUUAGAACAACAAAAUUUGAAAAAAGGAUUGGCUAUGCAAAAUGCUGAAUUGCAUUUAUCACUACAAGUUUUUGAAACAAAACUGGAACAACAACAAAAGUUACAGGAUGCUAGAAGACAGGUAUUUAUCAAAUAAACAAUAUUUUUAGUUUUAAAAAUUUUUUGCCAGAU